CCCACGCUCCCAAUUCCCUCUCAUCGAGCUCUCAAACACCGUCUCUCUGCCCAACCUAAACAAAGGGAGGAAGAAAAGGAAUAUGAAAAAAGAGGAAAAAAAGAACGAAAGGGUUUCCUAAUGUCUGCAAAUCCCGCUCAUAUCGACCUCAACUCCGACGUCGUUUCGUAUGACCUGGAAAACGAGGUUUCUGGGGCUAAGGGUUCUGGAGCUGAAACCCUAACCGAGUCUUCGAAGGGUCAGGGUCAGGGUCAGGAUCAGGGUAAGGUCGAGGGUUCUUCAAUGGGGCGAGUAGUGGAUGAAGUUGGGAACUUUACCGGAGCUAAUGAUUCUUUGGAGGGGGCGUGUGGGUCGGACAUUGGUGGUUUUGAUAGGAAUGUUGUGCUUGAUGCGAAGGAGGAGGAUGGUGGGAUUGAGGGUGCAGAGUGUUCGGUGGAAGACGGGGUCGUUGUUGGGGAAGCAGAAGAUGAUGGAGAGCCGGUUUUGGAGUCGAAAUGUGGUGUUGGGAAUGUUGGUGCCAUAUUUGGAGAUUCAGGGUCUAAUGAGAAGAAUGGUGGGGAGGAUGAGUCUGUGAAGGAAGUUUCGGAAGGUAAAGAUAUGGGUGCUACGGAUAGAGAUUCUUUGGUAACCUUCGGAGCAGCAGGGAAUGUAGGGAGAGAUGGAGGGGAUAAUCCAAAACUAAAUGGAAAAGAAGAGGAGGCAACGCAAGUAGCUGGAGGGCGGGAUCAAAAUGAGCAGCGGGUUCAUGCUGAAGAGAUUUCGGGUAUCGGCCAAUUACAAGAUGCUGAUGCCUCAGGUUGGAUUCAGCCUCAUUCGGAGUCUGUUAGCCAGUUACCGGCUGGCAUUCCAGGUGAUGGUGAUGAAAAUGUCAAAUCAGCUGUCUCAAAACUGGAAUUCCGUGUUUCUGAUCUAGUAUGGGGCAAAGUAAGGAGCCAUCCCUGGUGGCCUGGGCAGAUUUGUGAUCCUUCAGCUUCAUCAAAUAAGGCAAAGAAGUACUUUAGAAAAGACGGUUACCUGAUAGCGUAUUUUGGGGAUCAAACAUUUGCUUGGAAUGAUGCAUCACGGAUAAAGCCCUUUCGGGCACAUUUCUCGCAAAUGGAGAAGCAGAGCACUACGGAAGAUUUUCGCUAUGCUGUUGACUGUGCUUUGGAAGAGGUUUCAAGACGGGUAGAGUUUGGGCUGGCCUGUUCCUGCUUAUCAGAAGAAGUGUAUGCCAAACUCAAAACUCAGAUAAUAGUUAAUGCUGGAAUCAGGGAAGAAUCAAGUCGAAGAGAGGGUGGGGACAGUUGUUUAAAUGCAACUUCUUUAGAACCUAUGGAACUUCUUGAGUACGUUAAAGCAUUAGCUCAAUUGCCAUAUGGUGGAGCUGACAGACUAGAACUUGUAACUACACUGGCUGAAUUGUUGGCCUUCUAUCGCUGGAAGGGUUAUUCUCGACUGCCUGAGUUCAAUAUGCUUGGUGGUUUGUUGGAGAGUGAUGAGGAAAUUCAACUAAUUGGGGAGGCGAAGAAUCAUGGAGAAGUGAACAAUGGGUCUGUGUCCUCUGGAAAAGGAAAGUCAAAGAGUCGAGCUAGCUCUUCCCAUAAACGUAAGAACACCUUUGGAGAUGGUAUGAACCCCGGCAAAAAAAAGAAAAGCUUGCCAGAUUUGCCCACUGAGAAGGGCUUGCUUACUCCAAAUGGUGAAAAUGUAUCAGGAAGGAAAGCUGUUAGGAAGUCGAUUUCACAAUCUUCUGGUAAGAAACGCAAGGCAGCUGAUGCCAUGUCUGAUGACUCAGCUGGCAAACAUGGUAGAAGUCCUUUGUCAACAGGGGCUGCUGAUGAGACUAUACAGACAAGGAAAACUUUUAGCGUUGGAGAUAGCAUUCGUCGGGCUGCAAACCAAAUGAGUGGGUCAAGUCCAAUACUCAAGUAUGGUGAUGGAAUGUCUCAAGAAUCUGAGGUCACGAAUAAAAACAAACAAAAACCCAUCUUGGAGUUUUCUUCUCCUCAGGAUAUGCUGUCCCAGCUGUGCUUGACUGCCAUAGAUCCCAUGAAAGGAUACAGUUUUUUAUCUGUAGGCAGCUUUUUCUUGGAAUUCAGGAAUUCUGUUAGCAUGAAUGAUCCUAUAUUAAAGGGGUAUGAACCGUCUUUGAAACAAGCGUUUGGUGGUAGGACUGGAAAAAAAUCAACCAAGGCUGGAAGAAAAUCAACUAAGCCGGGAAUCACUGAAAUGUAUAUGCUGGAGCGUAUGAACGACUCUUACUGGACUGACAGGAUUGUUCAAAGCAUUCCUGACGAGCAGUUAUCACUAGAAAAUCAGAAUGAAACAAGUGAUAAGCGUUUUCCCACUGUCGAACCACAAGCAGCUCUUGAAGGGUGUCUCAAUCUGGAUCCUAAGCAGCAAAGUUCUGGUGAAAAUCUUGAAUCCGACGAAGCAGUGAAGCCAGUGGACCACUUGGAGGAGAGUUGUGAGCAAGAUCUCUCACCCACAGCUCUGAUUCUAAACUUUACAGACUUGAAUUCUGUUCCUUCAGAAGCAAAUCUCAUCAAGAUAUUUAGCCGCUUUGGGCCUUUGCAUGAAUCAGAGACUGAAGUGCUGAAGAAGAGUAGCCGUGCCAAGGUGGUUUUUGAGAGACGUUCUGAUGCAGAAGCGGCUUUUAGUAGUGCUGGGAAAUACAGCAUUUUUGGACCUUCUCUUGUCAGCUACCGCCUCAAGUAUUUGCCUUCUACACCCAGUAAAGCUUCUCCCGGUGCAACAAAGCCAGGCACAAAAGACACCCCCUGAGCAGAAGGCAAAUCAAUAUGAUGCUUUCAAUUUUCUCACUUCGAUGUUCAUUCAACGUUUGGUAAUUUGUGACGAAUCAACUAUUUACUCAGUGCUUGGUGCUUUGAGGCUAUCUAUGGUCGCCAUGAAUAGAUUAUGUUAGCGGCUUAACUCUAAUGCGAUUAGCAUGCAAAUAGGUAGGAUUGAGCAGUUGACUUUUUUAUUGUUGUGAAUAAAUGUAGGAAGCAGACUCAGUCAAUAUUUCUGACCAUCUUGUUUGUUUUUCAACUGGCCAAAUGAGUGCAAUUUUACUCUUUUUCUGUCUGAAAGUUUUGCUAGAGCAAGAGGUUGGGAACAUGUCAAAGGCUUUGGAAAUCAUGUGUCUUAUUGGUUGUUUGGAUGUUGUAAACUGCAUUUUAAGGUUUUAUACCAAUAUAGUCUUAAGUUCAUUA